UAUUGACAAAGCCAGCUGACAAAAGAGCUGAUUUUUUGUUGUUGAUCAUCAUCGUUUUUUUGCAUCUUUGAUGACAAACGUCAUUUAUAAACUUACUAAUUAAAUUUAUCAAAGAAAUUGUUGAUCGUUUGAAAUUACAAACAACAAUAAUAACAAUGAGUUUUCUUGGAUUUCGACAAUCGGCUGAUAUUGAUAUAUUGUUGGAUGGAGCUGAAAAUCGUAAAAUGGCCGAUAUUAAAACUGAAGAUGGCCGUAAAGAAAGAUAUUAUCUUUAUUAUGAUGGUGAAACUGUUUCAGGGAAAGUAAAUAUUAAUUUGAAAAAAUCUGGACAAAAAUUAGAACAUCAAGGAAUUAAAGUAGAAUUUAUUGGUGAAAUUGAAUUAUAUCAAGAUCGUAGUAAUCAUCAUGAAUUUACAAGUUUGGUAAAAGAUCUAGCACGACCAUCCGAAAUGUUACAAAAUACAAGCUAUACAUUUGAAUUUGCAAAUGUUGAAAAACCAUAUGAAUCAUAUACAGGUAGUAAUGUAAGACUUCGUUAUUUUCUUCGUGUUACUAUUGCCCGACGAUUGACGGAUAUUGUAAAAGAAAUGGAAAUUAUCGUACAUACUUUAUCACAUUAUCCGGAAGUUAAUUCACCAAUCAAAAUGGAAGUUGGCAUAGAAGAUUGUCUUCAUAUUGAAUUUGAAUAUAAUAAAUCAAAAUAUCAUCUAAAAGAUGUUAUUGUUGGUAAAAUAUAUUUCCUAUUGGUACGGAUUAAAAUCAAACAUAUGGAAAUAACGAUUAUUAAAAAAGAAUCAACUGGUAUCGGACAGAAUACAUUUAAUGAUAAUGAAAAUAUUGCCAAAUAUGAAAUAAUGGAUGGUGCACCAGUUCGUGGUGAAUCGAUUCCAAUCCGUUUGUUUUUGGCUGGUUAUGACCUCACUCCGACUAUGAAAGAUAUUAAUAAAAAAUUUUCCGUUCGUUAUUAUUUGAAUUUGGUUUUGGUCGAUGAAGAAGAACGUCGUUAUUUUAAACAACAGGAAAUUAUUCUUUGGCGUAAAGGUGAUCGUAUUCGACGUACUAUUCCGGCUCAACAACAAGCACCGAUACAACAACAACAAUCGGCAUCAAUCAUAUCGCAGCCACAAUUGUUGCCACCGCAAUCAUCACCACCACCAUCGUCGCAACAGCAGCAGCAGCAACAAUCAUCAUCUACCGUACAACAAUCACAACAGCAGCCACAACCACAAGAAGCAUGAUCGGAAAUUUCUUUGGGCGGAUUUCAUUUAUUCCAGGUUUUUUUCUUUCAAAACACAAAUAUCAUCGAAAAAUAUUUUAUAUAAAACACCGACCAAAACAAAACA